CGAAGCGCCUAUGUCUCCGGGACUACAACUCACCGUGGUAAAUCGGUUGGUCAAGGACGUGAUGGGAUCGGAGUUACCGUUUGGCGGUAAACCAGUCCUGUUCGCCGGCGACUUUAGACAAAUAUUACCGGUCGUCCGCAGAGGAACGAGGAGCGACAUCGUCAGAUCGUCGAUUAAGUACAACGCUCUGUGGCGCGAAUUGGAACAGUUCAGUCUGACGCGAAACAUGCGCGCUGACAACGACGUGAACUUUGCGAAUUGGUUGCUUCAGCUAGGGAGCGGUCAGUUGCCAACGGUCGACGGUGUUCCGGACACCGUCGAAAUACCUCAACAUAUGGUAUGUGACGUUGCAGAUUUGAUUGAUUUUGUUUUUCCGCAGCAAAUGUCUUUGGUCAACAUCGACGAGUUUGCUCGGAAAAUAAUUUUAUGUCCCAGGAACGAUGAAUGCAGGCAAGUCAAUCGCACGGUGCUACAACGCAUCGACGGUGCACACAGAAGCUACACCGCCAUCGACACUGUGGUGGUAGACGAUCCCGAUGAAGCAGCCAAUUAUCCGACAGAGUUCCUCAAUACUCUAGAACCAGACGGAUUGCCUCCGUACAACUUGACCCUGAAAGUAGGUUCAAUUGUCAUGUUGUUGAGGAAUCUAGAUUCAAAGAGGCGACUUUGCAACGGCACAAGGAAGACAUUGUCAUACCUGCGAUGCCUCUCACAUCCAGUGGAGAAGAUGAACUGCCCAUCAUAAUGCGACGAGUACAGUUUCCCGUACGGCUGUCUUUUGCGAUGACCAUUAACAAAUCACAAGGUCAAACUUUUGAUAGAGUGGGAUUGCUUC